AUGACAGGUAUAGUUCAUUCUAUAAAUAGAUUCUUGUUUCGAAUUCACGAUGCUUUAGAACAACAAAUCAAUCAACGUGUUAUAUAUAAUGAAACACCAAUAUUAUUAUUAGAAGAUUGGUUCAUAUUAAUGUGGUUUCGUUUAUUUUUAUAUUCAUAUUGUGAUUUCUUAUUAUUCGUACUUAUUAUUUAUGAAAUAAUAACUUACAGGAAUCGAUCUACCGUGCUUACUCAUGAAUCUGAAUUAGAGUUUUCCAAUUUAUUAAAUGAUCGUGAGAUUCUAUUAGAUUUAUUUUUAGAAUAUUUAUUUAUUUAUUUUGUUAUUACAGUUUAUGUUCAAUCAAAUAGAAAUGCACAAAUAGAAGGUCGUACAGCUCAUCCAACCGAUGAAACUUUUAAGUUCUCUACAACUGUAAUCGAUGCCGAUGAUGAACCAUUAGCAAUUGAAAAUACAUUAUCACAUGAUGAAGGAGUUUUAAUAGGUUUAAAUAAUAAUCGACAUACAUAUUCGAUUAUAAAUAAUGAAAAUGGUGAUGCUAAUGAAGAUGCAUCCUUAUACACUGCUAUGAAUGAUAAUAUUAUUACUCAAAAUCUACAAAUUGGUGAAAAUGCACAAGUUCUAAAUAGUAAUGGUGUACCGGAACUUGUGCUCGAUGAUCCAACAUAUAACAUAAAUCCUCUGAACUCAGUCGAACCGAACGAUCAUAUACAGUCCAGUAAUAGUACUGAAAAAGAACAAAUUUUAAGUUCAGGAAGUAGUUUUGAUGAUGAUAAUGAAUAUGUUUUAAUUAAUAAUGAUGAAUAUGAUUUAGCUCGUGAUAAUGAAUAUGUUUUAGUUAAUAAUGUUGAAUAUAAUUUAACUAAUGAUAAUGAAUAUAUUUUAAUUGAUAUUAAUGAUCAAAGAGAUCAAACAUUAUCAAAUACUAAAAAUCUUAAUAAUCAUCUUGAAAAUGAUAAUCAAUUAGAUCAAACAAAUCCUACUAAUGAACAACAUACUCGAAUCAGCAAUACAGUUCUAUCACACAGUGAAGCAGUGGAAAAUCAAGAAAAUGUUUCUGCUCCAUUCGAAAAUGCUCAACGAACAAUAGAAGGUGCUACUUGUCUAACACUUAUACUUCACCAAAAACAAACAGAUCCUAAUAACUUAAAUAUCAAAAGUAUUGAUUCAUGA